GAUGAUUUUGUAAUAUAAGCAUGACUCAGGGGCACUUGUUCUUCUGUCUAACCUAUAAAAGCAACCUCAGAAUCGGUCCCUUCAUCAGUGUUAAGGGGGGAGUCUGUAACGCGGACCAUACUUCUGCUCUCAACUUCUGAAGAACUCUUUCGCUAAGAGGCGUGAUUUGAGCCAAAAUGGUCUGCAAUUGAGGCACUUCUGAAACAAGCAAAGGACGACUCUUACGACGUGCUCCCAGUACUGCAGAUCAGGAUGCAAGCUUUUCAUGAGUCCAAGAGUCCCCGGACUGUCCUUGGUUCAUGCAACGAGUCCGUGCUGAAGACGGCACAUUGCUGUUCAUUUCGUCCCCCCCUAACAGAAUUUAACACCCAAGACUUUUGCUCCCAUGGGACCACCCUCUCCUUCCAAACGUGUAAUGAGGAAUUCUUCACGCUCGAUUCUUCGAUGUCUGCUCCCGCUUUUAGUAAUUCGGUCCAUGAUUGCCAGCCUACUGUAAGCACUUCCUCUUUCACUAGUAGUUGGGAUUUGGGAACAUACGGUGGCCGCUCAAACAUUUCCAAUAAAGGAAGGAGGAAUUGGGAUAAUCAGGUGAUCUCCGCAAUGGACCUUAAGCAAGGGCUUAUUGCCUGUGCCAAAUCAAUCUCCGAUUCAGAUAUCUCAACAGCAGUUGGUCUAAUGGAUGUUUUAGAGAAAAUGGUGACCAUCUCUGGGGAACCAAUCCAACGAUUGGGAGCUUACUUACUGGAAGGGCUAAGGGCAAGGAUAGAGUCCUCAGGGAAUAUGAUCUACCAAAGGCUCCGGUGUGAUGAGCCCACAGGACCGCAGUUGAUGACUUCCAUGUACAUGCUUUAUCAGAUCUGCCCAUACUGGAAGUUUGCGUAUGUAUCAGCAAAUGCGGUUAUUCAGGAAGCCGUAGAGAACGAGGCAAAGAUCCACAUAAUUGAUUUCCAGGUUGCGCAGGGGAGCCAGUGGGUGCCCUUCGUUGAGUCGCUCUCGCACCGGGCAGGUGGGGCCCCAAGCAUCCGGAUCACUGGUGUAGAUGAUUCACAGUCAGCCCUUGCUCGUGGUGGCGGACUUGAGAUCAUCCAGCAGAGGCUCUCGAUGGUUGCAGAGUCGUGCGGUGUCCCAUUUGAGUUCCGAGGUGUCCCCAUGUUAGACCAUGAGGUUCGGGCCGAGCAUCUCAUGAUUCAGCCUGACGAAGCUGUGGUAGUGAACUUCCCGUACGUUUUGCACCACAUUCCCGACGAGAGCGUGAGCAUUGAGAACCACCGUGACCGGCUGUUGAGGUUAGUGAGGGGUUUGUCCCCAAAGGUCGUGACCCUCCUGGAGCAGGAAUCAAACACAAACACAUCCCCAUUCUAUACAAGGUUCCUGGAGACACUGGACUACUACAGCGCCAUGUUCGAGUCAAUUGAUGCGGCACCAACGGCGCCAAGGGAUGACCCACAGAGGAUCAGGGCAGAGCAGCACUGUGUGGCUCGGGACAUAGUGAACAUGGUUGCCUGCGAGGGGCCCGAGAGGGUGGAGAGACAUGAGUUGCUUGGGAAGUGGAGAUCAAGAUUCUCGAUGGCCGGAUUCCAGCAGCGCCCUUUAAGUUGCUCAGUCACAGGGGCGGUCUUGGAUAUGCUGGAAGGCGAGUAUAGUCCGAAUUACCGAAUCGAAGAGAGGAAUGGUGCCCUAUAUCUUAACUGGAGGAACAGAGCAAUGGUGACUUGCUCCGCCUGGAGAUGAAUUUCUCAGAAGGAAAUAAUGUCCAAAUUGUGGGGUUUAAUUGGUGGAAGAUUAUUUAUUCUUUCAAGACUAGGCAUAAGGUUUGGUCUUGAAUCUCUAGAAAAAAAUCACUGUAAAUAGAAUGUCCUACUUGCAAUGAAGAAGAUCAAUUUUGAUCAAGUUCUCCUGUUAAAUCUGC